AUGUCCAUCAAAGGUCCUACCCCGCAGGAGCACGACGGCAGCGGCCUACGCAUCGGCAUCGUCCACGCACGCUGGAACGCGACCAUCAUCGAGCCCCUCCUCACGGGCGCCAAAGAUAAACUCCUCGCCUGCGGCGUCAAGGAGUCGAAUAUCGUGGUACAAUCCGUCCCGGGGUCGUGGGAGCUACCAAUCGCUGUUCAGAGACUCUUCGCCGCCUCCCAAAUCCAACACUCCAAAGGCGGUUCCGAAUCCGCCGGCGACCUCCUCGCCUCCUCCACCGCCGACCUAGCCGCCUUCUCCGCCGCCGCCGACAACACCAAGGCCUCGGGCGGUCCCUUCGACGCCAUCAUCGCCAUCGGCGUCCUCAUCAAGGGCGAGACCAUGCACUUCGAGUACAUCGCCGACACCGUCUCGCACGGCCUCAUGCGCGUCCAGCUCGACACCGGCGUCCCCGUCAUCUUCGGCGUCCUCACCGUGCUCACCGACGAGCAGGCCGAGGCGCGGGCCGGCAUCAAGGGCCACAACCACGGCGAGGACUGGGGUCUCGCGGCUGUCGAGCUGGGCGUGAAACGGAAUGCGUGGGCGGCCGGCAGGAUUGAGUAG